ACAUAACCUCAACUGUUGUUGUCUGCUAAUUUUCAUAAAGUAGGAUUACCGGCAAUUAAUUCAUUGCACUUUGCACUAUAACAUUUCAGUUAUACCUCAAUUAAUUUUCAACUAAAGUCGUUCUUGUAUGUCACUAUGAUAUUGUCAAGGUGUAAAUUUGGAACUUUGUUGGCGAGGACUGUGUUGACACAUCAUGAACUUGCACCGUCGUUAGCAGCCAAUGGGAAACAGCUUGUUAGAUGGAGGCAUGGCACUCCAAUCAACACAGUUAUCAUGUUUGUUCCUCAACAAGAGGCUUGGAUUGUUGAAAGGAUGGGGAAGUUUUUCCGAAUAAUGGAACCAGGUCUUAACCUGCUCUUCCCUAUCAUAGAUAAAGUGAAAUAUGUUCAAAGUCUUAAAGAAAUUGCUAUCGAUGUACCUAAACAGAGUGCUAUCACAUCAGAUAACGUUACUCUCAGUAUUGACGGUGUGCUGUACUUGAGGAUAAACGAUCCUUACCUUGCAAGCUACGGAGUUGAAGAUCCAGAGUUUGCGAUCACCCAACUUGCCCAAACCACUAUGAGAUCUGAACUGGGAAAGAUUUCUUUGGACAAAGUAUUCAGGGAGAGAGAAAGUCUGAAUGUUGGCAUCGUGGAGUCGAUCAACAAAGCUAGUGCAGCCUGGGGCAUUACCUGUCUACGAUAUGAAAUACGAGAUAUAAAACUUCCAACUAGAGUCCAGGAGGCGAUGCAAAUGCAAGUAGAAGCAGAACGGAAAAAAAGAGCGGCCAUCUUGGAAUCUGAGGGAGUCAGAGCGGCUGAUAUUAACGUCGCAGAGGGAAAGCGAACGUCUAGAAUCCUAGCUUCAGAGGCUGAGAAGCAAGAGCAGAUCAACAAGGCCAGUGGAGAGGCAGCGGCCAUGUUGGCUGUGGCGGAGGCCAGGGCCAAGGGACUUCAGAUGGUUGCCAAGGCUCUAGGUGUCCAGGAUGGCAAAGAGGCAGCCAGUCUAACAGUAGCUGAACAGUACGUGGAGGCUUUUCACAACCUGGCCAAGACUAACAAUACCAUGAUUUUGCCUUCCAACGCCGGGGAUGUCCCUGGAGCUGUGGCUCAGGCGAUGACGAUCUACACAAACCUUACCCAGCAACAGCGCGAGGGAAGGUCCCUUAAGUCCGACCCUCCACCCUCCGCCAAAGAGAAAAUUUGUAUGUCUUCAUCUUGACAGCUGUAGCGCCGCUUUGUAUAAACUCAAAUCUUUUGUAUAAUGUGUUGAAACCUCUUUCCGAAAUGUAAGUGAUUCAAUAAUGUUAAUUAUUUUAAGUUAAUAUGAAAUAAAAUGUUCCACAAGAA